UCAAUAGCGACCUAGCGAAUUUAGGGGCCGAGUGCCUCCGGAUGCUGGACUCCGGGGCCGAUUAUCUGCACCUGGAUGUAAUGGACGGGCACCCUGCUCUUCAGGGAGCUCAGUUUUUUACUGUGAGACCUCUGAAAACUAGGUCUGUCUCUUUGGUUCACCACUGUGUAUUCUACAAGUGAAGCACCAUGGCAAGCUUAGUUCCAGUUGGUUAAAUGAAUGAAUGAAUUUAUCAUGACGGAGUCUUCUCAAAGGAACCACUUUGCCCUCUCUCACCCUGUGGCACACCUGAGCUUAUGGAGAUAAAAGCAUUUUGUUCCCAACAUCACCUUUGGUCACCCUGUGGUAGAAAGCCUCCGAAAGCAGCUAGGCCAGGACCCUUUCUUUGACAUGCACAUGAUGGUUUCCAGGCCAGAACAGUGGGUAAAGCCAAUGGCUGUAGCAGGCGCAAAUCAAUAUACAUUUCAUCUCGAGGCCACUGAGAACCCAGGGGCUUUGAUUAAAGACAUUCGGGAGAAUGGGAUGAAGGUUGGUCUUGCUAUCAAACCAGGAACUACAGUUGAGUAUUUGGCACCAUGGGCAAAUCAGAUAGAUAUGGCCUUGGUUAUGACAGUGGAACCCGGGUUUGGAGGACAGAAGUUCAUGGAAGAUAUGAUGCCAAAGGUACACUGGUUGAGGACUCAGUUUCCAUCUUUGGACAUAGAGGUCGAUGGUGGAGUAGGGCCUGACACUAUCCAUAGAUGUGCAGAGGCAGGAGCUAACAUGAUUGUGUCUGGCAGUGCAAUUAUGAGAAGUGAAGACCCCAGAUCUGUGAUCAACCUGUUAAGAAAUGUUUGUUCAGAAGCUGCUCAGAAACGUUCUCUUGAUCGAUGAAACAGCAGGGAACCCAGUGUCGCUUCUCAUGAAAUCUUUCAACUGGAAAACAGGAUUAUUGACUACCAAAUCAUAAUCACAGUUGAGGCAGUGCUGCUUUUCUGAGCAAUUAUACGUUCCAGUGACUAAAAUCUAUUCUGCACAAUGUUCCAAGAGGUUAGAAAUUGGGGUGUAUAACUACAGUUUUAGUGAUGGAAUUUAAAGAUUGGUGUGGUAAAAUACAUUUUACUGGGAGACUUGAUUUUUUUAUAAAGAGCAAAAAUAUGGCUGUAUUAAGAUUAUAAGCAGAAAUGUGUCUUAAUAUGCCCUAUGGAGGGCAUAUUAGCAACUAUGAAAAAAAGUGUUUUUCUGCAUUCCUAAGGAUUUUCUGUUGUUUCUUGGCUAUUUUCCAAAAUCAAAACAACUUACAUUUUUCUUGUCACAUUCUAUUUGUGUAUAUGCCUAGUAAUAUAAGUAGAAUAGAACUUAUGAGAAAUCUAAGUUUGAAUAUGGCUGAGGUGGCUUCCAAAACAUUUAUUUUUCACUGUCAUCUUAUAUUUGAUACAUGAAGACCACAAAGACAAAACAUGGCAUCUAGGGAUUUUCAUUCUGUUCUAAAAUGCAAGCAUAGAUUUUAGAAGAGUUUUCUUUGCUGGCUUCACUGAAGGGGCAGGUUAUUCAGUGAUCUCCCUCUCCCUUAAUCAUAUGAUCUUUAAGGGCUGGAAAUACUGUGCUAGCUCUGAGACAAAGGAAUGGAAGGCCUCUACUGAGCAGCAGUACCAAGUUCAAUCCUGACUUUAUUUGCCAUUUAGCAAAUUAAAUUAACCAGUCUUUGAGUUUCUAUUAAAUGCUAUUUACAUUGAAUGUAACUAUAAUAACUAUCAGGAGUAUUUGAGGAUUAAAAGAGAUAACUGGUAAACGUACUGUUUCUAGAAUUUCGUGUAAUCUCAUUACAAUCUACAAAUCACGCUCCUGAGUGUUAAGAGAGGUAUUUAAGUCCCCUUUAAAAAGUGAAGAAACUUAAAGUCCAGCAAUAGGCUGAUACCAUGGACUGAAUUCAGUAGGGCAUAGGAUUUCCAGUCUGUAUUUGUUUUUAAAUAAAUGAAGCCCUUAAUUAGUAGAGGAAACAAAGAAAGCUUGCUUUACUUAACAUUGUCUUAUUUCCAGUCUAAAGUUACCCAGUAGCAGAACCACAUGGCUGAAAAUAUUCUGGAACUAUGGAUUCUGACCCAAAGGAUCUGUAAUUUUUAAUCCAAGAAAGACCAGGUGGCUGAGAUGACAAGGUACAAAGCUAAUCCAUAAACUAGAUAUUUAAAGUUGUUUCCCAGCUUACACUUCAACAACAGAUAUGUAUUAGCUACUUCCUUCAUGUGAAAACACUCUUGAUUAUAUAAAAUGUGUUGAUAAAACAGGAUGUGUCAUUUAACAUGUUUAGGCUAUUAUGAGUUUAGAGUUUGCUUGCUUUUUCUAGAUUAUAAGGUAAAAUUUGUAUAUGUUAGUUUUUUCUGGCUUUAGUUUUGUGCCAUCAGUAGGUGGUGUUUAAUCAAAUCAGGUAACACAGGCAUAUAGAAAUAACUUUAAUUAAAAAACUUACAUAGAAGAUUAUAAUAUCAGACAUGACAAAAGAUUUGAGUUUAUUUGCCUGGACAAUUUGAGUUUGUCUGGCUCACGUUUUCUUUUUUAAAAAAUAAAUGUACAGUAAAACUACAAGCAAAAAUGUCAGUAUUGAAUUUUUUUUUUCUCAUUGAAGGGACCAGUAUAAUUUCUAAUCCCUAACAAAAACUUAGUGUCAAAUCCCCCAGACGAGGCCAUAUGGCCAGGAUUGUCAGUUAUAUAGAUACUACAACUUGUAUAACCUUUUAUACUUGAGAAAAAGGAUUCAUAUAAAUUGUCAACUUUUACAUAGGAAAAAAUGAUGUAUUUGUUUCAAAAGGAAUUUCCUUAAUGUAGACUCCAAUAUCCUAUAUUGAAGCAUAUCUUUUGAAAAAUUUUAAUUCUCAUUCUUGGAUACAAGAAAGAAUAAUAGAUGCUUAAUUGAAUAAAGUAAGCUAUAGUAAGGAAUGACCAAAUUAACUAGAAAUGCCACCAUAUUUUCUAUACUGAUAAGACUUUUCCUAUUUGUUCCUUAUUUUAAGUUGGUAUUUUCAUGAGAUACAUAAAAUAUUUAACUGUACUUUGUCUUAUCUGUUCAGAAUGCAUAGAAAUAAUCUGUAUUUAGUCCAACAGAUAUCAGUGAUUUCAAAUAAAGGAAUAUUGUGUUA